AGAAAAAAUAGUAAAUGAAAUAAAGUUUCAGUCAUUAGAAAAUUAAGUGGUUGUUUCAAGAAAUGUAGCGAGCAUAAAUAACAAAAUAAUUCAAUUCCAAUCAAGGGUUAUUGUUUGGCUGCGGAAGAUUUUUGUUGGGUGCAACACUCGGAAGGGAUAUACUGUAACACUGAGAGAGAAAAAAUUGAAAUGAAACGUUUAUUCGUUUAUUUUCACAUUUACCCUGCAAAUGAAUUGAUCGGUCGCUGUAUGCAUUAACACAGACGUUUCCAGAAGCGUGCAACAUAUAUGUUCACACGGAUCCCUGAUGAAGGUGUGUAGGUAAUACUUUAAGAGCCCCGUAAGACGCCAUGUCUGAAGAGGCCCUUUCAGAAAGUGACCUGGAGGCUAGCCUUAACAGUGAAGAGGACUAUCAGGAAAAUGAUGAAGAGGAGGACAAUGGUGAUAUGGAAGAGGAGGAGGAGGAGGAGGAUGAUGAGGAGGAGAAGGAUGAUGAAAACUGUGGAGAUGAUGAGGAUGACAGUGUGGAAAAACUUCACAGUGCACAAAGCUGGAAUGAAAAAGCUCAAGAAAGUCGGGACUCCACCUCAACUACCUCUGGAGAUCCUUCCUCGGAGCCACCGUCACGGCCUGAAUCCCAGCCGUCCUCCAGACCGACCUCUCGCUCUCAACUUCCGAGCAGCCCUGGCAAAUCAAGCCAGAGCAAGAAACGUUCCAGAAAAUCAAAGAAACAAAAAGCUUCUAAAUUAACCAAAACUUCCAAGCCUUCAAAACGGUCCAAACCCCCCAAGCCUGCAAACAUGAGGAAAAAUAUCAGAAAGCUGCUGAAGGAGGACCAGCUGGAGGCUGGAACCAAGGCUGCUCAACAGGAAGAGAUGGAGAGGCGGAAGCGUCUGGAGCAACAGAGGAAAGACUUCCCUACGCCAGCUCCAACUUUACUAGAAUCCCAACUAGUGGACCCAACUUCCAUUUUAGGAGAGGUGUCUCACUUGGUCCCCGCCCUACUCAGCAAGCAGGAUGUGAUCUGCCUGGACAGCAGCGGCGAUGAAGAUGAAAACAUGGAACCUAAACUCCCUGAACUAGGUUUUAGAGAUGAUAUAAUUGAACUCAGCUCUGGGGACGAGGAUGCCCUGCAGAUAAGCAGUGAGUCGGGGGAUGAGGAAGAUGACGGUGGCGCCGCCGGCACAGAUGAGAGCAGUGGAGCGCACAUUAAUGAUGCUCUGAACUUGCCUGAUGCCCAGGGCCGCGUAAUGGUUAAUAUCAACCACCCUGCGGAGGAGAAGGACAUUUAUCUCGCUCCACAGCUGGCCAGGGCUGUCAAACCUCACCAGAUUGGUGGUAUCAGGUUUCUGUAUGAUAACCUGAUUGAGUCUCUGGAUCGAUACAAGAGCAGCAGUGGUUUUGGUUGCAUCCUCGCGCACAGUAUGGGUCUUGGCAAGACACUGCAGGUCAUUUCCUUCAUUGAAAUCCUGCUGCGGAAUACUGAGGCUCACACGGUCUUAGCCAUUGUUCCUGUGAACACACUUCAGAACUGGCUGGCAGAGUUUAACCUGUGGCUCCCACCGCAGGAAGCUAUUUCCCCUGAUGCUGACCCCACUUUGUUUACCGGACGUACAUUCAAAGUUCAAAUUCUGAAUGAUGAGCACAAAACCACAAUUGCUCGGGCCAAGGUGGUGGAGGACUGGAGCCGAGAUGGAGGCGUGUUGCUGAUGGGCUAUGAGAUGUACCGCCUCCUGUCAAUGAAGAAGAGUUUUGUUACGGGCAAGAAGAGAAAAUCAAAGAAGCCCGUGGGGCCUGUCAUCAUUGAUCUAGAUGAGGAAGAUAGACAACAAGAACUCAUGAAAGGUAUCGAAAAGGCCAUUCUACGACCUGGUCCGGACGUGGUGAUUUGUGACGAGGGCCAUCGGAUUAAAAACUAUCAUGCCAGCACGUCACAGGCUCUGAAGAAUAUCCGUUCGAAGCGCAGAGUGGUCCUCACAGGUUACCCAUUACAGAACAAUCUCAUUGAAUACUGGUGCAUGGUGGAUUUUGUUAGGCCGGACUUCUUAGGCACGCGCCAGGAGUUCAGCAACAUGUUUGAACGUCCCAUUCUGAACGGGCAAUGUAUGGACAGCACGCCUCAAGAUGUUCGCUUGAUGCGUUACCGUAGCCAUGUGCUGCACAGCCUGUUGGAGGGCUUUGUCCAGAGACGUGGCCAUGAUGUUCUGCAACACCAGCUUCCCAUUAAGAUGGAGCAUGUGAUCUUGGUGCGGUUGUCUCCUAUACAAAAAGCGCUGUAUACUGAGUUUAUGACUCGCUUCAGAGAGGCAGGAAACAAUGGUUGGCUUGGUCUAAACCCUCUAAAGGCCUUCUGUGUAUGCUGUAAGAUCUGGAAUCAUCCAGACGUGCUUUAUGAAGCUUUACAGAAAGAGAAUCAGACAAACGAGCAGGACCUGGACCUUGAUGACAUCGCCGGCGGCCCCAAAGGCAAAGCGUCAGACUCGAGCAACAGCAAAGCCAAUAACAUUCCGCCCCUUCUCAAUGCCUCCCAGGAUCGAAGCAAUCAAGUCAUUACUUAUGAAUGGGCAAAGGAAAUUAUGUCGAACUACCGGGUAGGACUUCUGGAAAACUCUGCCAAAAUGGUGUUGCUCUUUCAUUUGAUCGACGAGAGCGUCAGAAGAGGAGACAAGAUUUUGGUCUUUAGUCAAAGCUUGUCCACCCUGACAGUCAUUGAAGACUUCUUAUCCAAGAGAACCAUUCCAUCACCAGACGCCGCUGCUGAGUCUCAGAACCACAACUGGGUUCGCAAUCUCAGUUAUUAUCGACUCGAUGGGAGUACAUCUUCCUCUGAAAGGGAGCGCCUAAUCAAUCAGUUUAAUGACCCAGAGAACACCAAGUCGUUGCUGUUCUUGCUUUCUACCAGAGCGGGUUGCCUUGGUGUGAAUUUGAUUGGAGCAAACCGGGUUGUUGUGUUUGAUGCCUCCUGGAACCCGUGUCACGACGCCCAGGCGGUGUGCAGGGUGUACCGCUAUGGUCAGAAAAAACCCUGCUACAUUUACCGUCUGGUUUGUGACUUUACCCUGGAGAAGAAGAUCUAUGAUAGACAGGUGUCCAAACAGGGCAUGUCCGACCGCGUAGUGGAUGACCUGAACCCAGCACUGAACUUUACUCGAAAGGAAGUGGAAUCACUGUUGCAUUUUGUUGAGGAGGAACCUGAAGCUAACAAGAUCAAUCUGAGGACUUUGGAAGAGUUUGAGCCAGUCAUAUAUAGAGCCUGUCAGCUUUACCCACACCUCAUCACUAAACAACCUUUCCAACAUGAGUCUCUGUUAGUGGACCGGAAGGAGUCCAAAUUGACCAAAGCGGAGAAGAGAGCAGCCAAAAAGAGCUAUGAGGAUGAAAAACGAGCUUCCGUGCCCUACUCUAGACCCUCCUAUGCGCCGUAUUAUCCAACCAGCAACCACGCGCUCGCUAACAUACCUGCAUUUACUCAACGUGGCUGGCGUCCUAUCGCUCGACCUGACGACAAGCCGGUUGCAAGUGUCAGGCCCAUCCAGUCAACACCGAUCCCCAUGAUGCCUCGCCAGGUUGUCAUGGGCAUGGCGGGAGCCAGCUCACCUGGCAGUUUACCCGUCAAUUUCCUGCAGAAGGCUGGGGUUUACGUCCAGAGGAUUGUCACCACAACUGACAUUUUCAUCCCAGGAGCCAACAGCACAACAGAUGUCCAGGCUCGAAUUAGUGCUGGCGAGAGCAUCCAUGUAAUCAGAGGGUCUAAAGGUACCUACAUUAGGACAAAUGAUGGAAGAAUUUUUGCAAUUAGAUCUGGAAAAAUUAGUAGACCAAGCGCCGCUGUUUCAAGAGAUAUCCAGCGCUCUGUGAUCCAUCCACUCAGUAAUGGCUGCGCCUCCCCUGGGGAGCAACUGCAGCACUCACCUGACAUGGAGCAGCAGUCCUCCUCUCCCUUGAGCUCUGAGAUUCUCCGUGAACUCAGCCACUAUGCGGCGGCAUCCACGAGCGACAGCACGAUUGGCGCGGGGAACGUUUCAUCCCCGUUGGAUGUGUCUGUCGCGGCAGCGGGAGAUGAAAGCAGUCUGAUUCCAGACCUCCGAGCGCCACUCGACGACGACCUCCUGAGCUCGGGUUUAGAGACUCAAGGUGUGAAACGCAAGCGUACUGAAAGUCAAGGCGCCGCAUUCAAACGGACUCCGACUGCAUCGCAUUUCCCCGGAUAUUCCCUAAACUCCGGUGGGCUCAGUUUUCCUCCGGUGGGUCUGAACUCUACCUCGCUGUUGGGGAGCCUGGGGCAUAUGAGUCACCCUCUUCUCAUGGGUGGAACUGGUGGAUCUUCAUUCUUUCAGACACCAGGACAAACCCUGGCAGACCUACAGACCAUGUUCCCUUCCGCACCUGGGAAUGGACAACUUCCUCCCCCGUCCACAUCAGCUCUAUCCACAGUACUCUCCUCGUCUUCGAACGUCAUUCCCAUAUCAUCGGCAUCAUCAGCCCCAACUACUUCCUCGCUGGCAUCGGGUUCUCUGCCGCCAUACUUGAUGAACCCCAAUGUGACGGGCCUGCUUUCGUCAAGCUUCCCUCUCAACUACGGCCAGUCCUUGCUCCCUGAUCCCCGGAUGUUCUCCGCCCCUCUUCUCUCCGGGUCGGCAGGAUUCCCCGCACCACACUCCGCUUCAAAUGCGUCCAGCUUCCUCUCCCAUUUCAACAAUCCCACUUCCAGCCUGUUGGGGGCGGCUCUGACCCAACCGGACAGAUAUCAGAGCGCAGAGAAUGGAGGCGAUAGUUCAGAUGAUGAUGUCAUAGAGGUGACGGGACACUGAAGACUCACAUUGGGGCACUUGGACAUAAAGGUCAAUCAUGGCUAGACUGAUAAGAAUGGGAUGAGAUUUGAUUACUUGUAGUCCUUCUGCUAAAAAUGACCCUCGCAUUCUAUGAAUUUUUUUAAUAACUUCCUUGUUUCUGAUAAACAGCAUCAUUUAAUUCUUCCAGGAUGCUCAUAUUUUGGCCAUUCAAAGAUCCAUAGUUCUUAUUGCAUUCCCUGUCACAACAGCUACAUAAAGACAUACCUGAUGGACAAGAGAUAUACCUGAUGGACAAGAGAAUCCUCUUGUACCUUUAAAGUACAAAAUCUUUAUACCGAAUAAAACUGCCUUUCGUACUGGA